CAUCGACGACGCGUACGCGGACGCCCGCUUCAACCAGGCGGUGGACAGGAUGACGGGCCUCAGGACGCAGAGCGUUCUGUGCGCCCCGCUGCGGGCGUGGAAGGGCGACGUCAUCGGCGUGGUGCAGCUCAUCAACAAGACCGGAGAUGGCGUGCUCGUCAGCGACGGCUCUCCCAGCGACCCCGCGGGCAGGGGCCGCCGGUUCACGGAGGAGGACUCGCUUUUCCUGCAGGUGUUCGCGUCGCACGCGGCCACCGCGGUGGCCAACGACAUCUCGAGCGAACUGGGCCAACCACCAAGGCAGCCGGCGACGCAGCCGGAAGAGACGCUGCCGACGCCGAAGCCAGGGGCGGUCCUGCUGGCGGCAGAGCCGGCACCAGCGACGACGGCUCGGCAGCCCGGCGAGGAGGCCACUGCGCUGCUCGAGCAAGCGCUGGACGGCUGGGACCUGGACGUGGUGCAGCUGGCGGCGCUGACUGGUAACCGGCCGCUGAGCUCUCUGGGCUGCUUCCUGUUCGAGCGGCUCGGGCUGGUGGCGCGGUUCGGCCUGGACGGCGAGAAGCUCCAUGCCUUCUUCUUGGAGCUCGAGCGCGGCUACGACGACGCCGUGCAGUACCACAAUCGCCUCCACGUGGCCUCCGUGCUGCACCUGACCCACGCGGCAUUGCGCGGCGGGGCCCUCGCGCAGAAGGCCGCGGCAGCGCUCCGCGGCGGCGGGGUCGAGGCGGACGGGGCGCUGGAGACGAUGGCCUGCCUGCUGGCGGCCGCCGCCCACGACUUUGAGCAUCCUGGGCGCACGAACGACUUCCUGGUCAAGACCGGCCACGAGCGGGCCGUGUGUUACAACGACAGGCACGUGAACGAGAACCACCACGCUGCCCGGUCCUUCGCGCUGCUGCAGCGCCCCGGCCUGGACUUCCUGGCCGCGCUGCCGCGGGAGGACUUCCGCCGCCUCCGGGGGCUCUUCGUGGAGCUCAUCCUCGCCACCGACAUGGCGUCCAGCAAGAGCAUCAUGGAGUCGUUCACCGCCGCGCUGGACGGGUCCGCCGCAGCACCUCUGACGCCGUCGUCGUCCGCAUUGUUGGGAUCGCCGGCGGCCCCCGAGGACGGCGGCUUCCUGCCGGGCUCGGCCGCGGAGGCCCUCCUGCUGCUGCAGGUGGCGCUCAAGUGCGCAGACCUCGGCCACCUCACCCUCAGCCGCGCCUCGCACCUGCACUUCGUGCGCGGCCUGGAGGAGGAGCUCUUCGCGCAGGGCGACCAGGAGAAGGCCCUGGGCCUGGAGGUGUCGUCCCUCAUGGACCGGGAGAAGCCGGGCGUCGCCUCCUCCCAGGUCGGCUUCUUCGAAUUCGUCGCCCUGCCCAUGUUCCGGUGCCUCGCGAGGGCGUGCCAGGGUUUGCGGCCGAUGCUCCAGGGCGCCGAGGACAACUACCGCUACUGGAAGGGCCUUCAGGGCCCCGCGGGCGGGUGCCCAGCCGCUUCGGCCGAGGGCGGCCAGAGCGACGGCCAGGCGGCCUCGGCCGACGCUGGCCGGGGGGGCGGCUCGCGGUUCGCUUCCGCGCGCAGGCAGGCCCAUGCGGCGCAGGCGCGCGGUGCGCUUCCGCACGCCGAGCCCGCACCGCUUGCUCCCGACGCCGUGCCGGGCCCUGGCUUGCGCAUGACGCAGGGUUCAGGCUCCCUCGACCUCACCAUUGUAUUGCUGUACCUACCCCCGCUGAAGGACGACAGUGCUCGCAAGCGACGGGCGCUGGAGAAAGGAUCUCGAGAGCUGGUUCAUUGGGCGACACAACAGAUCAAGGUUGCGCCAACCCGAUCGACACCGAUUGUUAUGGGCGACCUGAACACGGGCAAAGGCUUGAGGAAUGGCUCGCUGUUGUCCCAUCCACAGUUCGAGAUCGAGGCGAGGGGCUCCCUGGACAACAUCGGCGGCCACAACCUGGGCAAUCAUACCGUCAUUGGCGAUCAGAUUUGGGAAGAUCUUAUUCUACCUCAUAACAUGAUGACUGUUGGCAGUUUCUAUGACGCAGCUGGGCCCACAUAUUAUCUCUGUGAUGGAUCGACGAGUACUGCUGACCAUAUUUUGAUGCCACUAUCGAUUCAUGACCAGAUUAGACGCAGUUUUAUCCCAUGGAGUUCGGCUCGGCGCCUGCAGUUGAUACCGAGCGCGAUGCCGAGGGACCACGUACCAAUCAUCGUUGAGUUCACGGCCUACCAGCACCGCAACCUCGCUCCAGACACCUUCCGCUGGGACCGUGAUAAGCUGGCGGCGGCUCUGCAGGACGGCACCAACCGACUGGACUUCCAGGAAGCCCUGGAGACCGUGUUCACCGAGUGCACGGAGCUGACACAGUACGGCGACGACGGGGACAUCGACAACUAUUGGCAGACUUGGGCCACUUUGGGCGAGGAGUACGCAGGCGUCCUGAAGCACCAGCCCAUUCUCUUCCCAGAGUACCAGGAGCUGCAGGGAGGCAUGCACGCCCAGGAGGUCGAUUACGCGAACGAGCUCGAGAUUAGGCCAGAGUUUUUCGACGCGACCGAGGUGCCUGCCGAAACUAACGAGGAGCAUCGGUUUUGGGCCGAGAGAGAUCUCCGGGCUACCCUCAGGACUGGUCGGCUAAUUCCCACGGGUUUCUGCCCGCACGGCGUCGUGAAGACGCCCUUGCAGUUCAGCUCUGCGUGGGACAUCGACUACGGACGCCUCGCACGAGAUGCCCCACCUCUGGCGCACCAAGUAGAAACCGACUUGUGGCUGUGCGCUGGCACCAGCGGCACCGAUGAUUUUUUCGAGCGAUGGAGUGAGCACGGCUACUCGUACAUCGCAUUGUUUGAUGACGACGAGGUGCGAGAUGCUUGGCUUCGCAUCGACCCGUCGAUCCUUAAGGGCGAAAAAAAGACCGACCUCGGCUUCAAGGGCCAGCAGAAGACGACGCAGGUGCUGAUACUCCAGUUCUUGCUGCAGCUCGGGCAGUCGAAGAGGAACGUGGAGGGGGUCGUCUUCGAUUGCGUCCUGAUCGGCACGAACAGCCACGAAGCGACAAAGAUGAGCGAGAUGGGCACGACGUACUCGGACGCGGUCGCGGCUCAGGGCCGCGGCCACAGCCUCGGGCCGCCCCACCUCUGGGUCUUCGGGGGCCUCUUGAUGGGCCUGAUGGAGCGCAAGGGGGCAGUAGGGGCACAGAACGCGAGGAAGCUAGCCGAGCUGAGGACCGAGCUCGAGAAGAUGGAGGCCAUCGCCAAGGCCGACAAGAUCCGAUUCUGCAAGGUGGACAGAUGCUACGAUCAGAACACAAAGAAGGUGCUGUUGAACCUCGACCCCGCGAUCCGCCCGAUCAUCCUCGACAGCCUGGCCCAGACGGGCGCGGAGCUGAAGCAGGGCCGUGCGCCGCCCACCCACAUGGAGAGAGAGCUCCAGGAGUGGCUCGAGGCGUUCACGGACGUCGCGGAGGCCGCCUCCCCGCCCCACGCGUGGCAGCACCCGCCCUCCUUCCUGUGCCCCGUCUCGCGGCAGUGCAUGCACGACCCGGUGGUGCUCUCGGACGGGCACACGUACGAGAGGCAGCACAUCGAGCGCUG